AUGUAUCACUGUGAUCUUCGCAAAAGUAACCUUCAUUAUCAUUAAACCAUUUGUUAAGGACCUAAUAAGAUUCGCAAGAAGAGAAAACCUUAUCAUUCCAUUAACUCAUCAGUCAGAAGGGUUUUACUAUAUCUAGUUAAGGAUCGCAACUUCUCGAUAAAAGAGGCGGCGAUUAAACUUAACAUGAAUUACUCAACUGCGAAAACAAUUUUGCAAUUAUUCAGAAGGACUGGUAGAAUCGAUAAAAUCGAUAAACAGGAACUUAUGGCGUCAUAGAUGUCAUAAUAUAACAGUGACUUCAUUCCAGUCAGCCAAUGCUAUUGUGGUAAUCCACUUGUUUGCUCUGAUCAAUCACAUAAUUUUAACAAUCACACAGCCAAUUUGCCGUGUGAAGUGAAGUUAAUCAACAACCCACCAAUCUGUUAAAGUGGCUAAUUGAAGCAAUCCUUGGGUAGUGUUAACAGUGAGACUACCUAGGAAAGUGUUUUGAGCGGUUCAUGUUCAGAACACUCUGAGAGAGUCGAGGAAAUCAGUCCCUAAUUAAGAAGCAAUAUUCACCUCCUCAAUAUAUAGUAACUUGAGUAUCCUAAGAAAAUAUAAUAUUGUAUCCCCGCAUCUAGUAUUACACCAAGCGGCCGCACUGAGGUUAGCCGACGUGUUUUUAACUUAGAUGAAAUCAGUACAUUAAGAGGGUUCUUUGAAUUUAAGUCCUACGUGCACUAAAUUCAAAACAAGAACAAUCAUUUCAUGCCUGCCCUGAAAUGA